AAAGUAAAAGUGGAAUUUUAAUUUAAAAUCUUUAUAUGUUAAAAAACUUGCGUAAUAAAUUUAAAUCAACUGAAAAGCAAGAAGAAGAAUAUGAUCUAUAUGAGUUGCCACCAGUAGAAGAAACCAAGAGUUAUCCUCCUGUUAUUCAGAAAAUAAGUCGAUCUAUUUUCUAUGUUUGGAAUAAUUUAUUAAUAAAGCCAUUUAUGUUUAUCUGGAAUUGGUUCGCUUCUCGAACUAAUUUGACAUUUUGGAUCAUCACUAGUAUGGUUGUUGGAAUCUUGAUUGGUCAUUUUGCACCAGAAGGUGCUGUUCAAUUGAAACCCCUGGGUGAUGCUUUUAUUCGUAUGAUUAAAAUUAUAGAAACCCCCCUUAUCUUUAGUACCUUAGUUGUCGGUAUUGCUGGUCAUGGCGAUGAUGUUGGUAAAGUAGGAAGAUUAGCUGUUAAAACUAUUAUUUAUUUCGAAAUUGUUACUACAUUUGCUUUAGCUGUUGGUUUAAUUAUGGCAAAUCUCAUUAAACCUGGAAAAGGUGUUACUUUAUUUGGUGAUACAAGUGAAGUAGCUAGUUUAGCUGAAAAAGGCUCACAUAUUACUUGGUACGGUGAAUUAGAAAUGAUUAUUCCUGAAAACUUUUUCGUUGCUGCUUUAAAAAAUGAAAUCUUGGGUGUUGUAUUUUGUGCUGCUAUGUUUUCAUGUGCAAUGAUGCAAGCAGAUAAGACAUCAAAAGACUUUAUGCUUCGAAUCAAUAGUUCUUUAUCUUUAAUUAUGUUUAGAUUUGUUGGAUUAGUCAUGAAUUAUGCUCCUAUCGGUAUUGGUGCAGCAUUAGCAGCAGCUAUCGGUAAAAAUGGUAUUGAAAUUCUUGCUAAUCUUGGUAAAUUAAUCGGUUCAUUAUACGCAUCACUUGCUAUCUUUGUCGCCAUCAUCCUGGUCCCUGUCAUGUUCGUUGUACGUGUCCCUAUAAUAGGCUUUUUUAAAGCAGCUUUGCCAGCUUGGUUAAUCGCUUUUAGUUCUGCCUCUAGUGAAUCGGCUUUACCAAGAGCUAUGGAAAGUAUGAGAAAAUUUGGUUGUCCUAGUUCUUUAGUAGCCUUCGUUAUUCCAUGUGGUUAUUCAUUUAAUUUGGAUGGAACAACAUUAUACCUCGCUCUCGCUAGUAUCUUUGCUGCACAGGCUGGUGAUAUAAAUCUUCCAAUUGGUACUCAACUUUCUAUCAUGGGUACAUUGAUGUUAUCAUCUAAAGGUGUUGCAGCUAUUCCUCGUGCUUCCUUAGUUAUCUUGGCCGCUACUGUAACCCAGUAUGGAUUACCUAAUGAAGCUAUUCCUAUGAUCAUGGGUGUUGACGCUAUCAUGGAUAUGGCACGUACUUCAAUUAAUGUCUUUGGUAACUGUUUAGGUUGUUGUGUCAUGGCACGUAUUGAAGGCUCCUUUCGUAGUACAGAAUGGAGAGAAGAAGAAAUUGAAAGACGUCGCACGCUUCAAGUAGAGAAAGAACGUCGGGAACGUCAAAUGGAUGGUGUCUCUGAAGAUAUCGCGCUUAAUGAUAAUAAAUCUGAGCAAAUUCAGCAUAAUGAAAAUGUUCAUGUUGUUGUUCAUGAUGCUUGUUCUGUUUCUGAGAAGAGCUUUGGAAUCACUACAUUACCUAAUAAUCAUAAGCAAUAAUAUAUAUGAUACAUGUACACUAUUUUCUGUAUUAUAAUUCUAUUCCUUUUUUUUUAUUAUUUUAUUUUUUACAAUGUAAAUAAAUAUAUACUAGUUUUUUUUUCUUAUGGGAACAUAUGUGCUUAUCAAUAGUAGCUUAUUAUUACAGGCCACCAAUUAUUAAAUUAAAAAAUAGGAUUAGAAUGAGUAAUUCUAUUACUAACUAACUAUACUGUAUUAUAUAAAAUAAUUUGAUUUGUCUACUAUAAGCUUAGAAUUUGAUGAGACACAAAAUGAUUUCAUAGUAUGUCUUCUAAAACUAGUUAGUACUUGGAUCAGCAACAUUACUCAAAUAAUAGUAGUAGUCUUU